AUGUCCAAGUCCAGAGAAGAACUUAUUGCCCAAUACCAAACUGAUAACUUCGAACUUUUUUCGUUAGAAAUCAAGGUUGAAGGAUUCGAUCAAGGUCUCAAGUUUUCCCAAGAUAUGGAAAACAUGCCCCAAGAGCUCUUUUUCACGAUCCCAGAAUACUCGACAUAUACAGUCACUAUCCAAUACAGAGUCAAAAAUACCCCUAUCAAGAAGUUGAAUUACUACGAAGUGGUUAAGAAGGGUGGUAUCCCGCUUAAGACUCGUAAACAAUUCGUCGCCGACGAAGCCCAACCAACCGAAGAGUACCAAACCAUCACAUUUCCUCCUGACAAGAUUCCAGGUGGUAUGUUGCUUAGAGGUACAUAUCCAGCCACCUCCACCUUCUACGAAGACGGUAAGGAAAUCAUCACCUGUCCAUUCAGCUUGGCAAUCGUCAAGAAGGGUGUUACUCCAUCUAUCAAGGAAUAG